GACUUUGAUACAAUAAUUAAUUAAAAAACAUUUUUAUCAUUUGAGACGGUCAAUCGCGAUAUCUGAAAGUGGGUCAUCACCUUUGCGUUAUCUUCCGAUUCAGCUUUAUUAGGUAACAAAAAUAGAAGAUACACUCUCAGAGCAAGCAGAAAGCUCUUGACGGCAUUUUGAGAAGAAGAAAAAUGAAAAGCUUGUAUUUUCUUGUCACAUUUCUACUUGAGACCUUGAGCAAGCCUCAGUACAUGAAAAUCAAGAUAGUUAAAGGAAACGACCCAGGACCAUGUUUGGAUAAUAGCAGUGGAGAGAUGACGUUGGUUCGCGAUAGACAGAACAAACCUAAACUCUUGAUAUGUUCAAACGUUAGCGGUAUAUUUGGAUGGAGAACUUUUGAUGGUUCUGGUUCUCCGGGAGAAUUUUUUGACCCUGUAUACGACUGCGCAACAAUAUUGAAUAAAGAUCCAAAAGCUAAAGAUGGAUUUUAUUGGAUAACACUUGGAGAAAAGAAACCAAAAAUGAUUUAUUGUGACAUGACAACUGAUGGGGGUGGGUUCAUGUUGAUUGGUCGGCAAAAUACAUCCGUUACAUGGACAGUGCCAUCGAACAGCAAGACCGUGGAGCCAUUUGGUGAACCUCAUUGGAUAAGUUCAUUAGGAGAGGCUCCAAUGGUUGAUUUUAGAGUACAAAUGGCCACUCGAGAUGAUUUUAAAGCAUCAAAAGCUCAUUGGUUUUACAGAUUUCGAAAUCCACGAAAAUUAAAAAAUUUGAUGAUUUACAACAAAGGAGGCUGUACAAAAACAUCACCUGGGAUUGGUGACGUUUCCUUUGUGAAAGAUCUAAUGACUGAUAACGUUGUGACAACAAGUUUUCGUUGCUCAAAAUUUGGAGUUGCACACAAUGAAAGAACACGGUUUGGAUGGGCAAAAAUGAACGAUUGUUUAAGCAGACCUUGUCCCUGGGGAUUUGCUUUUCUCGAUAAGUUUCUCUAUCAAACUGACUAUUCUGGAGCAUUCAGUUACAGUACGAUAAAUCAAAUUUCUGGUAUAAAUUUUGGAGCAACGGCAUUGGUUGGCUGUGACAACGGAAAGUGCUGUGGGUGUUAUGGUCCUAGGAAUGGGAAAAACAAUUAUUGUUUUAAAGAAUGUGAGGCAAAGAAUGGAGGAACAAUAAAGAAAAACGUUUAUACAUGGUUUUGGGUGCGUUCUCGCAUUCCUAGAAGAAUCUGGAGCAAUUGUUUGGAUUACAAAAUUAUCGAAAAUGGAAAUGCUGUUUGGUACAAGUUACUGGGUAGUAAUGAAGUACCUGUGAAAGGUCGUUGUGCAAAAGAUAAACCGUUGUUUUAUGAAGGAAUGAUUGUUGUACCAGAUAAUAUCACCAUGAAAAAAGUUCCAAAUAUUGAAGGAAUGUUGGUUUAUCGUAAAGACAAAAAUAAACUUUAUGUUCAAGAAGAUAAACAACUAAAGGCAUUGGCUGAAGAAAAAAAGGUUCUACAGACGCUCAAAGAUGUAUCUAAGCUUGAAAAUGAAAUCAAAAAUAUCAAUGUUACUUUGAUUAGAAGAUUUGAUUCUUUGCUUUCACGUACGUAAAUAUGAUUUAAAAUUUUUAAAUUACGGAAAUUUUUUUAUUGAAGGAAGGGUAAGUUAGCUACUUAAAACGUAAAAAAGUUCUCAACGUAAAACUCGUUUGAACAUAAAAUGAAAACAAUUAAUUAAUAAGCAGAAACAUUCUAUUUCUGUUAAAAUCAACUCGCUACAUCUAAGCAAGCGCUUAACAUCUACAUUGGGAGAAAAUGGAAUAUAUUAGUCUCAAAGCUUUAUUUUUAUAAGUUCGUUUUUCCACAGUAAAACCAUUAUAGAAUCAAAUAUCAAUGACCAUACUACCCUUUAAGUGGUUAUAUUUUGUAGCUUCUUCUAAGGUUUGAAAAGUAUUGAUCACUUUAUUGUUCUUCAAGACAAAGAUUUUCAAUUUCGUUUUUGUCGCUUUCGUUUUACUGCUUUUUUAAUGGACUACUAUUUUUUCUGAAAAGUCAUUUCAUACUACUUGUGAAUAAUAAUUCUAGGAUUCGCCAUAUAUUCAAUUAAUUAAAAAUUUGAUGUCAAAAACAAA